CUGACUGAAUGCGCCAAAUUGGCACAAGCCACAGGGGAACCGGACAGAGAAGAACCAGGGCACAAUGAAACACGACCUCAGCAGCCUCCUAGGGGCAGACAGCCAGGCCGCAUUAACCUGACUGCAAAACCGACACUAUAUAAAACCCACCGCCGGAGAAAGAGGGCUGCAGCUGGACGCCCUACCAACAGCCGCAGUGCAGAAAGGACCUACAUCAUACCAACGCCUGGUGGUAAAUACCUGGGAAAAACACAGAGACCACCUGUGGGCCGACCCUCGAGAGACCCAAGGAGCAGAACUGCCUUACCCAACCAGGGUGCCACUACCUUGCGGGUGGAGAUUGCGCUGGUCAAUGCAGGGGCGCCAGCUGCCACACAGGCCCGGGAUGCGAGACACAGAAUGACCCAUGACGCUGAGGGAGUCGGUUGA